AUGGAUGUACAACUCCGUGAGGCUACCGCCGACGAAGCCUCGUCCGAGUCGCCCUUCAAGCUCUAUCACUACGAUCCCACGACAGCUGGAGCCAUGAUUUUUGUUCUACUAUUCUCCGCUACGACCAUCCUACACUUCUGGCAGCUAUUGCGCUCUCGAUGCUGGUUUGCCAUUCCGCUCGCGAUUGGCGGUAUUUUUGAAGCGAUUGGCUACGCCAGCCGCUUUGCUUCCGGUAAGGAGAGUCCCGAUUGGACCCUUACCCCGUACAUUAUCCAAGCGAUUCUGCUCCUCGUUGCUCCGGCCCUAUUCGCAGCAAGCAUAUACAUGGAAUUGGCGCGCAUCAUUGUGCUUGUCGAUGGCGAAAGCCGUGCCUGGCUUUCCAAGAAAUGGAUGACAAAGAUCUUUGUCAUUGGAGACGUUCUCUCUUUUAUAAUGCAGGGAGGAGGCGGCGGCUACCAGGCUUCCGGCACGCUGGCGGCCCUCAAAACCGGCGCAAACAUCAUCAUUGCAGGCCUUUUUGUCCAGCUCAUCUUUUUUUCCAUCUUCAUCGUCACUGCUGUGGCAUUCAACAUGGCCAUUAACCGUUCACCAACCGGAAGCUCCAGGAACGACGCGACGUGGAGGAAGCAUUUGAGGGUCCUCUACAUUAGCAGCGUCAUCAUCAUGCUGCGCUCCAUUUUCCGGGCCGUCGAGUAUCUACAGGGAUUCAACGGAUACCUCUUGAGACACGAGGUCUAUCUGUACAUUUUUGAUGCGCUUCUCAUGUUCAUCGUCAUGGGACUGUUCAACUACAUUUACCCUGGAGAAAUAACCGCUCUUCUCAGGAACAAAGAACGCAACGACGGUUGGAAGACGGACAUUGGAGGCCAUCAACUUCAGCGGAUCGGGUCUGAAGAUGAGUUGAACGGCGGCAGGUUUGCUUGA